UCUUUAUUCUGUGUGCGCUAUAGUCUUCUCUCCCGCUUUUGCUUUACUUUCUCGUUACCCUUUUCUUCGCUUGCUUUUACUCACUCUCUGUUUACUUCAACUCACACAAGCAAAACAAAAAAAGUCUCAAUUUUGUGAUGACCCUUUUAAGGAAUUAACCAAAAGAAGAAGAGAUUAUGGAGUGGGAAAAACAACAGCAACAGCAACAACCAGUGGCUCCACCACAGACGGCGGAGGAGUUGAACAGUGGUGGUGGUGGUGGUGGUGGUGGUGGUGGGAUGUUUGUGAAAGUGAUGACAGAUGAACAAAUGGAAGUAUUAAGGAAGCAAAUAGCAGUUUAUGCUACUAUUUGUGAACAGCUUGUUGAUUUGCAUAAAUCCAUGGCUACACAACACGAUCUUGCUGGAGCCAGACUAGGAAAUUUGUACUGCGAUCCACUGGUGACAGCCGCUGGCCAUAAAAUCACUGGCAGACAACGCUGGACUCCAACACCUAUGCAACUUCAGAUUCUUGAGCGAAUUUUCGAACAAGGCAAUGGAACUCCAAGCAAACAGAAGAUCAAAGAGAUAACUUCUGAGUUAUCUCAACAUGGCCAAAUUUCUGAAACAAAUGUGUAUAAUUGGUUUCAAAAUAGGCGUGCUCGAUCAAAAAGGAAGCAACAGGUUGCAGCUACAAACAACACUGAAUCAGAGGUGGAGACAGAGGUUGAGUCACCUAAUGAAAAGAAAACAAAGCCAGAGGAUCUGCAGUCUUCUCACAUGCCAACUUCAAUGGCUGAAGACCUUGGCUAUCAGAACCCUGAAGUGAGCUCUGGAAUGCAUUCAAUAGAUCCACGAACCAGUAAACCCGAGCCUAUGUUUCCAUCAGAAGGUAGUUCAAAACCUGCUGCAAGUUAUGGCCAAAUGUCCUUCUAUGGAAUGUCUAAUCCAAGAAUGGACCAGCUAAUGGGAAAGAUGGAAGUGCCAGGGAGCUAUCAUCCAUAUCUACAUGCAGAAGACUACAACAUGACCGGCUAACUAUCAAUUUGGAAACGGGGCUUCGUGAGUGUUUGAGAAAUUUAGGAGUUAUGCUGCUCUUGCAGUUAGCCACUGAUUGAUGAUUAUAUUACAGGAUGUCUCUGUGUAUGGAAAUAUGUACUUAUAUGGACCACGCUUAUAGGAACUAUAUAGUAAAUAGUACUCUCUGUUUAAACCGCUAAAGCACUUUCACUUUCCUGUGUCUGCAUAUUUGUCUCUCUUUAGCAAUUCAUAUCAUUUUCCUCUGAAA